GUGUCUUUAAUAGUAGAAAUGGUGGGUGCUAGGGUAAAAUGGAGCAUUGGUGUUGGAGUUGCUGUAGCUGGUGUGGCUCUUAUUUUCCUAAGAAGGCAUUUCGCUGGUGGGUUCUGUCACUCUAAUGCAAUGCUAACAGGCAAGACAGUGAUCAUUACUGGUGCUAAUACAGGUAUUGGUAAAGAAACAGCCAUUGAAUUAGCUAAACGUAAAGCAAAGGUGAUACUAGCCUGCCGGGAUCCAGAGAGAGGGAGGGAGGCAGAGAAAGAUAUACGUGUCAAAAGUGGGAGUGAAGACGUUGUGUAUCGCCAUCUUGACUUAGCCUCCUUGUCAUCGGUACGCGAGUUUUCAAAGUCAGUACUACAAGAAGAGGCACACAUUGAUAUCCUCAUUAACAAUGCUGGUAUCAUGGCCUGCCCUCAAUGGAGGACAGAGGAUGGGUUUGAGAUGCAGUUUGGUGUCAAUCAUCUCGGACACUUCCUCCUCACUAACCUACUCCUCAAUAAAUUAAAAGAGUCUCCUUCAGUUCGUAUUAUAAAUGUUGCAUCACUCGGCUACAAGUAUUGCAAAGAAGUAAAGUUUCAUGAUCUGAACAGUGAGAAAGACUACGAACCUUACGCUGUUUACUAUCACAGCAAACUAGCUAAUGUUCUUUUCACUCGGGAACUAGCUAGACGACUUGUUGGAACAAAUGUCACUGCUAAUUCUCUUCAUCCUGGAGUCAUUCGUACAGAGCUAGGAAGACAUUUUAUGCCUAACAUGAACUGGUUUAGAAAGAUGUUGGUGUAUCCUUUUAUUCUGCUUAUUUUCAAGACACCGUAUCAAGGAGCCCAGACAACUAUUUGCUGUGCCGUUUCUGAGGAGUUAGAGAGGGUUUCUGGAAAAUAUUUUGCAGAUUGUCAAGAAAAGGAGCUUGAAACUGAGAUCAGUCAAAGUGACGAGGCAGCCAAGCAGCUGUGGACGCUAUCUGCUAAAAUGGUCGGCUUAGAAGAGAAUUCAUAAUUGCAUAAAUUUCAAGCCUACAACUUUGCUUAAUAAUAAUUAUUAUGGGUAAUAAUAAUUAAUUUUGAUUAAUUAAAUUCCUCUUCCAAUUGCAUGAAUUUAAAGUUAUAUUCAGA